AUGACCCUGACGCUCCUCCUGGCCUUCGCCCUCUGGGUUGGCUGCCUGCCCUGCAGUGGAGGAACAGGGGGGCCCUCGGAGGUUCCAGGCCAGCCCAGGGUGCAGUGCCGUGCCUCUAGGUACCCAGUUGCUGUGGAUUGCUCCUGGACUCUGCCACCAGCUCCCAACUCCACCAGAGCCACAUCCUUCAUUGCCACUUACAGGCUCGGCGUGGCCGUCCCUGGGGAGAGCCUGCCCUGCCUGCAGCAGACGCCGGAGGCCACCAGCUGCACCAUCGCCGACCUGCAGCUGUUCUCCAUGGUGCCCUAUGUGCUCAACGUCACAGCCGUGCACCCAGGCGGCACCAGCUGCAGCUUCCUGUCCUUCGUGGUCGAGCACAUCAUCAAGCCAGACCCUCCGGAAGGUGUGCGCCUGUGCCCUGUCCCUGGACAGCAGCUGCAGGUGCAGUGGCAGCCCCCACAGUCCUGGCCCUUCCCGGACAUCUUCUCUCUCAAGUACUGGAUCCGCUACAAACGUCAUGGGGCCACUCGAUUCCGCCAGGUGGGGCCCAUCGAAGCUACGUCCUUCACGCUCAGGGCUGUGCGGCCCCACGCCAGGUACUGCAUCCAGGUGGCUGCUCAGGACCUCACGGACUAUGGGGAGCCCAGUGACUGGAGUCUCCCUGGCACUACCCCCUUCACCCUUGGCAAGUAUUGGGGGGUUCCCAGCACCCCUAAGGAGGGCCUGGGUUCUGACUCCACCCCCUGCUGA